AAAUUCAUAGAAAAUAGUGAUUGUGUCCCUUACAAGAUACCAUCAUAUCUCUCUCUCUAAGUCUAUGGCACUCAUGUUUCUGCUUUCUCACUCCACUCUUCUCUAACAAGCCAUGCAGCCAAACCCCAAAAGGAGGGAGAAAAGAGUUGCCCCAAAAGACCCCACCUUUCAAAACCUCAUCAAACCUCAUAUCUGAAACUCUGCAACUCUCUAUAACUCAUGUAGAAGAAAAAGCUCAAGAAUUUAGUGAAAGACCAUGGGGAUUUUAUUCUUUCUGUUUGCACUAACACUAACUCUUUCUAGUCUCAGUUCCUCUGUAUUUGGCCUAACACAAGAUGGUGAAGCACUGUUGGAGAUGAAGAGGGGUUUAAAUGAUACCAAGGGGUUGUUGAGUAACUGGAAAGACACUGAUAUUAAUCCCUGCAACUGGACGAGAAUCUCUUGCCAUCUUCAUGACCAAAGAGUGAGGGUCAUAAAUCUUCCAUUCCUUCGUCUUGGUGGGACUAUAUCUCCAAGCAUUGGCAAAAUAACCAGAUUGCAUAGACUAGCAAUCCAUGAAAAUAGUUUGCAUGGGACCAUUCCAGCGGAGAUUGGGAAUUGCACAGAGCUAAGAGCAUUGUACCUGAGGGCUAAUUACCUUGAAGGAGGUAUCCCUACUGAACUUGGAAGGCUUUCCAAUCUCAUAAUAUUAGAUUUAUCGAGCAAUUCACUAAGGGGAUCCAUUCCCCCCUCCAUUGGCCAUCUAGGACGGUUAAGAUUCUUAAACUUGUCGACAAAUUUCUUAUCUGGAGAGAUUCCAAAAACUGGAGUUUUGGGUUCUUUUGGCAACUUCUCGUUUAUAGGGAAUUUAGAUUUAUGUGGCCCGCAAGUUCAGAGGCUAUGUAAAGGUUCAUUGGGCUUUCCUGCCGUAUUGCCUGGCCAUGUGAAUGAUGAUGAAGCAGUUCCACCAAGAAGAGCAACAUCACAUUACGUGAAUGGAGUACUAAUAGGUGCCAUGUCAACAUUGGGUCUGGCACUUUUCAUGCUCCUUAGUUUCCUGUGGAUUUGCUUUUUGUCACGAAAAGGAAAGCUUGGGAAAAAUUACAGCAAUAUUGGCAAGAAAAUUGAUCAGGACUCAGGCACCAAGCUUGUUACUUUCCAUGGUGAUCUUCCAUAUUCAUCUGAUGAGAUAAUAAAGAGACUUGAGUCACUUAGUGAAGCCGAUGUGGUGGGUUCAGGAGGAUUUGGGACUGUGUACAAGUUGGUUAUGGGUGAUGGUAGUGCAUAUGCUGUAAAGAGGAUUGACCGGAGUCGUGACAAAUCCGAUCAAAUGUUCGAGAGAGAACUUGAAAUCCUUGGCAGCAUAAAACAUAGAAAUCUUGUUAAUCUAAGGGGCUACUGUAAAUUUCCUACUGCAAAACUUCUCAUCUAUGAUUAUGUGGUUCUGGGAAGCUUAGAUUAUCUCCUCCAUGAGCGCGAGUGUACAGAUCAACCUCUAGAUUGGAAUGCACGUUUGAGAAUAGCUCUCGGUUCAGCCAGAGGACUGGCAUACCUUCACCAAGAUUGUUGCCCAAGAAUAAUGCACCGUGACAUAAAGGCUAGCAAUAUACUCCUUGAUGAGAACUUGGAGCCUCAUGUGUCAGAUUUUGGACUUGCAAAGCUUCUUGUGGAUGAGGAAGCCCACGUGACCACUGUGGUUGCUGGUACUUUUGGCUAUCUUGCUCCAGAGUAUCUCCAUAGCGGUCGAGCAACAGAGAAAUCUGAUAUCUACAGCUUUGGUGUGCUCAUACUGGAAUUGGUUAGUGGAAGGAGGCCAACAGAUCCAUCUUUUGUCAAAAGAGGCCUAAAUAUCGUUGGAUGGAUGAACAUUCUAUCAAGAGAGAAUCGACUAGAAGAAAUAGUUGACAAGAACUGUGAAGAUGUGGAUACAGAUUCUGUGGAAGCGAUCCUGGACAUUGCGCGGAAGUGUGUUGAUGCAAACCCUAAUGAUCGCCCCGCCAUGAACAGGGUCUUGCAGAUGCUAGAAGAAGUGGUCAUGUCUCCAUGCCCAUCUGAAUUCUAUGACUCGCAGUCUAACUGAUUCCUAAGAAAAGCCUCCUUUCCGUGGAAUUUUGUAGUGCAGCUAUAUUUUGUUUUAUUACUAGCUCUUCCUCUUUGUGAUGAUCCCUGCUCAUAUAUAAAUGUGUAUAUAUAAUUAUUGUUAUUGAUAUAUGUAUGGUUGAUGGGGUUUUGACCUUCGCCACUUUGGAUUUGAGAAUAGCCAUUUUCUAGGAUAACAGAGAAUGAACCAAUGGUUAAAUGACAUUGCCAAGCUAA